UUGGGCCUGAGCUGGGGGGAUACGGAAAGCAGCGUUAGGUGUCAUAAACCAGGGUGGACAGGAGACGUUGAACCGGACAGACUGUGUUCCUCCAUAGCCUCAAUUACCUUUUCUCCUGUCUAGCUUCAGGGGGGCCCCGGGGCUGGGGGGCGGGCACCUGAGGCUGGGCGGGGGUGGGACUGGGGGCCUGGGAAGGAGAGAAGGGCUGCGAGGGCCGGAGCCGAGUGUGUGAGUGUGUGUGGAGCGGCCCAGGGGGCCUGAUGCCAAAACAGAAAGUGUCCCGGGGCUUUGUUGGCGAAGGGUAUUGUCGUGGAGCUAUGAACAGGGCGACGGGUCCCGGGGCCUUACCCAGGCAGCACCGAGGCGAGCUAGCGGCCAAGAUGCUAGGUCGCUGUGUAGGGCCCAGCAGAUCGGGGUGGUGGUGGAGAAGGAGAUGGGGUGCCGGGGCAUCCCGAGGCAGUGGAGCGAGGCGCCGGGUGAGGUCUUCGAUAUCAAAAACGCGCAGUAAGCGUGCAGAAAGGCUGCAGGAUUGUCAGCCAUCAAGAGAGAAGAUGCGGGCUGCAGAGACGGUCGAUGCGGCUGGGGAGAAAGAGGCUGUGGGGACGCCUGGGACUAUAGGCUCCAUUGAGGCAGCAAGGGAUCCCAAGGCUGUAUGGGUGAACGGAGCUGUGGGCGAGCCUGAGGUGGUGGGGCCUGCUGGGUCCGUGUGGGUCACUAGAUCCGGGGAAGAGGAGGCAGGCGGCAGCAGUCCCCAGGGCUGUGAAAGGAAAGGUCGUCCUGGGACAAUGGGGCAUGGAAGCAUUCUGGAACUGUGGUUGAAGGUGCAGGCUAUGAGGGCAGCUUCAGGAUGUGGGGUGGGGAGCAGAGUGGAACUUCAUCCUGUGCCUGCAGGAGAAGGGCCAGUCGAAAGGGGUAUCCCCGGCCGGGCUUUCUGGAUAGAAACAAGCCAAGGGGGUGUCACAGGACCGUGGGUGAGAGGACAGGCAAGGCCAUUUCCCCAGGCCUCAGGACAGUCCACAGUCACGGGAACAGGGCCAGGUUGUGGGCGUAGGCAAGCUGGGAAGGUGCCCCCUGUGGUUGCUCCUGGUGCUGUGGAGUUAAACUGUGCACCUGCCCCAAGUCCUUGGGAAAGAGCGCAGGUCAUAGGGCAGCCUGAGGUUAUGGAGAUAACCUCGGGCUGUGGGACUGCAUCAGAUCAGUGUGGGAGAGGACAGUCAGGGCAGGAUCCUGGGGCUCUGACACAAGGAGCACUCCGAGGGGGCAGCCCAGGCCUAUGGGGAAAUGUACAGGCUGCAGGGAACCUCAAUGCUGUGGUAGUACCUAGGGUUGUGGAGGAGGAAGCUACGCCUGUGUGUGUCCCAGGCAUGUGGCAGAGGAGACACGAAGUAGAAGAUAAAAUUUCUGAAGGGUUCCCUGGGGUGUGGGGUAUGGGGCAGCCUGUGGGGGUGCCUUGUGUUACUACUAAAGAGGAAGCUAGAUGUGGGUGUGGUCCAGGGCUCAGGGAAAAGGGACAGGAUAUGUGGGUAGAGUCGGGCUCUGGUGGUGACCUAGGGUUGUGGGAAGCUGCACAGACAAUGGAACCAGCUGGUCCUGGGGUGCAGGAGGCAGGUUCUCAGCAGGUACCCCAGGGCCUAUGGGGUAUAGAACAGGCUAUGAGGGUACCUAGGACUUUGGGGAAGGAGACAGACUGUGAGAGUGUCCCAGGGCUGUGGGGAACAGCACAGCUGCCAGGACUGUCCCAGGCUGUGGUGGUACCUGAAGCCCAGAGUGAAGGCACCCUCUAUGGUGGUGUCCCAGACCUGUGGGAGAGGCAACGGGUUCUGGGGACUCCUCCGGCUGAGGCAGUGGGAGACAUACACAGUGGGAGUGUCCUGAGCCUGCAGGAGGGGAGGCAGGCCAGUGGGGAGCCUGAGGCUCUGGUGCCAGGAGCUGCAGGGGCAGCUGGGCCUCCCGAUGCAGAGGCAGACUGUGGGGCUGUCUCUUGUCCAUGUGGGAGAAGGCAGACUCUUAGAGCAUCUGAGAUACCAGGGAUGUCCAAGACAGCUAGUACAGCCAGGCACAGGCAUUCCCCAGUAGGAGUACCCACAGCUCUGGGUGUACCCAGAUCUGGAAGGAGACUGGGCCGGGUACCUGCUGCCGUGUGGGUGUCUGGCCCUGUGUGUCGGGAAAUCAACGGUAGAAACGUUUCAAACCCAUGGAAAAGUUGCACUGUCCCAGUGCCCUUGGGUUCAGAGGGGGCUGUGGCUCCUGAAGAGCUGUGGUCUGUGGGAGAGAAUGCUGGUUCCUGGGAAAGGAGACAGGCUGUCAGGGUGCCAGGGGCUCCUGUAGCAUCUGGUCCUCCGGAUGUAGAGACUGGCUUUUUAGAAAGGAGACACCUUGUAGGAACACCUGUGACUGGGGAGGUGUCCCCAGCUGGUGGGCGACAUGUGGCUUCUAGGGUGCUUGGGCCUGUGUGGGAAGAAACUGGCUCAGCAAGUGGCUCAGGCGUGAGCCGGGAAAGACAGGUAGACAAGAGUUCCACAACGAUGGGGGCAUCCACCUCUGCCAGGAUGCCCGAGCCCGUGGGAGAGAGGACUGGAUCUGGAUGCAUUGCAGCCUCGUCAGGGAACAGGCAGACUACAGGCAUGUCCAUGGCUGUGGGGCCCUCUGAGGCUGUGAUGCAAGAGACACUCUCCGAGGGUCUGCUGGACUUACUAGGAAGAAGGCAAACUGCUGGGCUGCCUGUGGCUGCUAGGCUUCCCGUUGCCUUGGGGGUGCCCACAGCUUCUAGGGUCCAUGGGCCCCAGAUGGUGGGGGAGGGUGUCCCCGGGGAUGGCUCAGGCACCUGGAGGAGACAAGGCACUGGCGCUCCUACUGCUGCCCGGAGUCCUGGACCCUUGGAGGGGGAGACAGGUUUUGAAGGUGUCUCAGGCCUGUGGAGAAGGAGGCACAGUGGAGCCUUCCCUGAGACUGCAAGGGUGCCAGUGCCACUGGGAAGGAUUGGAGCCGGAGGAGUUCCUGCGGCAAGGCAUGUGCCUGCUGCAGUGUGGGUGACUGAGUCCUCAGGAGAAAGCUCAGAUGUGGGUGCCUCGGGCCUGACAGCAAUGAGCAGACAGUCCGCAGAGGGAGCUGAGCCUUCAGGGGAGCAGACGGGAGAUAGAAGUGUCCUGGGAAUGAUAGGAAGGGGCCAGGCUGUAGGGGUGUCUUACACCCGGGGGCAUGAAGCCUGGUUCUGGAACUGUCCAAGGUCUGCGGAAGAACAAACAGCCCAUGAGAAUAUUCCCCGAGUGUCUGGGAUAAGAAUGGCUGUGGCGGUGCCCCCAGUGUCAAGAGAGGAAAUAGACCCCAGUCAUUUUAGAGAUCACCCACAGCAGAGUGGGAGGAGACAGGUCAGAGAAAUGUCGGGAAUCGGAGUGAGGGGGAAUGAUUGGAGAGAAAAUUGUGUGGGGGAAGACACACUGAGGGGGACGUUCUAGUCGUGUGUGUAGGGAGCAAGUUGGGGGUAUCCUGGGGCUCUGUGGGAGGGAACAGGUUGGGGUAGGUUUGUCCUGCACUGUGGGUAAAGGCACAAGUUACAGAGAUGUCAGGAUGCAGUGAGGUUCCAGGGUAUGUAGGGUGACCAUCUGGGCGGUUUCCUGAGCAGUGGGAAAGCGGCGGACUGCUAGAAGAGCAGUGUACCAGGACUUUGUACAGGGGGUGGUUGGGGAGGGUGUCCCAGUCUCUGUGUGCAUGUGUGUGUGUGUAUGUAUGAUUACUUGACAUAUCUAAGAACUCUGGGGGUCAUGUAGAUUUUUCCUGUUGGAGAGUGGACUUUUGGGCCUUUGGCUGGUGGAAGCAGCCAGGGGAAAGUCCUGGCGGACACUCUGGCCUCACAUCUACAGCUUUUCUGCAGCUUCAGCCCCUGAC